UUGCUCCUUGGAUGGUAACUUUGCUCCAAGAAAAAAAAAAGUUAAGUUCCGUUCCAGACGAAAGUGGUUGUUAGCUGGGUAAAUUUUUAUGUUUUUGUCGGGUAAUACAAGAUUUCACCUGGCAACACCGGUAUGAUUGACUGUCAAAAGUUUAAACGUCAUGUCAGUAGCUGUCAAAACUUCAACACGCGUGUAUGCAACCGAUUUUGUUUAUUCAAAAAAUCUGUUCCAAUCUCCAACAUCUCUGGAUGAAAUUUGAUAAUCAUGCCCAGAAAGUACGUUAGAAGGAUUGACGCACGGCGUUAUAAAGCCUACACUGAAGAUGCGUUGGAAGAAUGUCUGCGGGCUAUAGAGUCGAAAGUUUUAACCCAAAGAAAAGCAGCUGCACAAUUUAAUAUUCCAAGAAGAACACUCAUCAACAGAAUUAAGGCUAGAAAAGACCGCAAAAAGGUUGGUGGACCCGGAUUUCCACCCAUAUUUAAUGAUGAAGAAGAAUUACAUUUCUGCGACUGCGUUGAAAGAAUGGGCCAGUACGGAUUUCCACUGUCGGAGUUGGAUUUACGCAUGAAAAUUAAAUUGGUGAAAAAGGUGGGACAGUAUGUGGUCUUCAUGUUUGAAGGUGAAAUCUUCCCUGGUGUAAUAACGAAGAUAUCUGGCAAAGGCCCUACAAUAUCGGCCAUGCAGAGAUCCCUCAAAAAUUGGAAAUGGCCAAAACCCAAAGAUGAGAUUAUGUACAAAUGGGCGGACGUCCUAGGAGGCAUAAACGUUCCCAAAAAAGUAGGAAGGCGAGAGUUUUAUUCCAUUCCUGAACUAGAUUAUUUGUGGACUGUUUGAUUUCUUACCUAUUCCUUACCUAACUAAUAUUUCGUGUUGUUGAAACAACAUUUUUGUUUUGUUUUGUUUACAUAGGUGAAAGUUACCUGAUAUUUUGUUUUGUUUUUAUAGGUAGGCUACCAGAUCUCUUUACAUUUAAUGGUUGCAAUUAAAAGCAAUAACUUGCGAAAUGUUUAUAAACGUUGAUUUAUGAGAAACUUUAUGUGUAAUAAUAAGAAUUAUUCAAGUUUAAGACUGAUUCUAAUGGAGCUACAAGGUAUAUUUUGAUUGAUCUCAAUAAAAAAAACUGUGAUUCUGAGCGAAAUUUGUGUUUUUCUGCUACCCCAACUAUCAUCCAAUGGAGCAUUGAUGAAUAAAGCACGUUAUUUAAUGCUCCACGCCAGAAAUAGCUCCGAAUCCAAAGUAAUCUUGCCUUGGAGCAAAGUAUCCUGCUUCAUACAGAUUACUUUGCUCCAAAAACAAAGUUUUAAAAUAUCGAAUGUAUCAACUAAACUGGAACAAAUUUCAACCUAAAGGGUAGAUAAAGAGUACAUAUUUCCCAGAAAACCAUUGAAAGUACAAUAACUCCAUAUUUAUAAAAGAUGCGAUGCGAUUCGUAAAAGUGGAGCCAAUUUUGGAGCAAAGUAGGAC